AUGCAUUGCGUAUAUGCAAUUCUUUUCCAAGCGGGGAAGGAUGCUUUGAUGACGGAUCGCCUUGUUAUCUUACACGACGACGGAAACCCUUUUUACGGCGUUUACAAACCUCAUUCCGAAAACUUAUUUCCAUCACCAUCACUCCAGCAUAAUUUGAUCAUCAGUGCUAGUAAAGUUAGUGGGCCUGGCACAUACAAGUCCCUCUACUGUUCACCAACUUUGGAAGCUCCCAUGAUUAAAGAAAUUAUAAGCCAAGGCCUCACGACACUUUCUGAUAAAGAGGUUCUCCCACUCGACAAAGUGCACUUGAAGUUGGAUAACUGUCGGCAACAAAUAAUCAUUCUAUCACAACGGCCUAUGCAUCCAUGCCCAAAAACGCUAAAUGAACUACUAGAGUGGGGAAGGUGUUCCAUCUCGCACAUCAUCACACUGGCACACGAAGGCAAGAUAUUUGUCAACGGAUACAGUAAUUUUGAUGCGCCGAAGCCAACCGAGCCAACCGAGCCAACCUUUUCUAUUGAAGUAGAUAGAGAGGUAAAGAUGAGUUCAAUCGUAUCAUCUGAUGACUUAUACUUUUGCCCCAUCAAAAGUUGUGGUGUUAUCCUCGGCUGGAGCCAAGGUCAUCUACAUGUGUUUAAGAGACACAAAUUUUUACAACACUGGAUCCAAAUUACUAGUUUUGGGGCUGGGAAGAGAAACGUCCGAGCACUUCUCAUAUUUCUGGAGGCUACAAAUGCCUUACAUUCCACCGUCACGGGCACCAUGAAUAGAAAUAACAUUAACUUAGAGAUGAAUCCGCUCACACUUUUCAAGAUGAGUUCGGAAGAGAGCGAAAGGAAAACUUUAAAAUCUCACAGUUUGAUUUCAUACAAAGCUAAGGGUAGGUUACCUGAAAUACCAAUCGCUAAGUAUGAAGAUACUACUCUAGGUACCAACAAAUACGAAAGAAAUAUUGCGAUGUCAUCGGAUCCGUUUAAUUUGAUAUAA